GGCGCAGAAAAGGAAAGGGGACACAUUCAGAACGUGUGCGCAAAGUGAGCGGAAGAUGGUGUGCUUCCCCGUAUUCCGGAGGCGAGAAGGCACGGAAUUGCAACAAUCAGGGGCACUUCCGUCAUUCCAUAUCCCAACCCAUUAUAGGCCCAAAAAUCCCACAGUUUCCAUUCACACCACACUUUCUUCCUCCAACAAACAACAAUGGCAGAUGUAACCACCUACCCCCGCCACCACCGCCACUCCCGCCACCCCGACGAUGACCAAACUCUGAUCCCUUUCCCUUAUUGGGACUUAGAUUUUGAUUUUGAUCCCGAAUUCCACCCCAACCGUUUCUCCCUCACCGACCGCGAGAACCAGGUCAAUUUCGUAAUGGAUCUCUUUCACCAGCGCGUUGAACAAUCGCAACUCACCGAUCCCCUCUCUAACGACGCCUUUUUCGGCGUUAUCGACGCCCUAGACGCCAUCGACCUUGGCUUCCCCGCCGCCGACGACUUACUUGUCGGAGGUCGGCUCUCCGUCGGAUCUGACUCCGACGAAUCGCUCUACCAGUCUGGAAACAUCGACAGCGUGCUCGGGAUCUGCACGCACUCGGAGGAAGAGUACAACGUGAACGACGACGUUUCGAACAUCCCUCUCUGCUUGGACGCGCUUCAAUUGGAAGACAACAGAGACAGUUAUGAUGAUUUCGAGUGGGAGGAAGUGGUCGACGAGAGAGAAGUUCUGAGCAUGUUCGACGACACCUCCGUUUCCGUCUCCUUUGGAAUCGAAGAGGAGGCGGAGGAGGAAGUAGAAUUUGAAAUGGAGACCAACAAUUUGGGGUGGCAGGUUCUGUUGAACGCCAAUUUGGAGGGAACGAAUUCCGAGCCUUAUUUCGGAGACAACGAGGACUUCGUGUACGCCGCGGAGUACGAGAUGUUCAGCCAAUUCAACGACGUCGCCUUCGUCGGGAAGCCUCCGGCGUCCGUCUCCGCCGUGAGGAAACUGUCGGCGGUGGUCGUGAGCGCUGCUGACGUGGCAAACGGAAACGUGGUUUGCGCGGUCUGUAAGGAGGAGUUUGGGGUUGGGGAAGAGGUGAAGCAGUUGCCGUGUUCGCAUCGUUAUCACGGGGACUGCAUUGUGCCGUGGUUGGGGAUAAGGAACACGUGUCCCGUUUGUCGCUUUGAGUUUCCCACUGAUGAUGCUGAUUAUGAGCAGAGGAAGGCACAUACAUCUGUUAUGUGAUCAUGAUGAUAUGUUUACUUGAUGAAUUUUCACGUGUAGGGUAUUUGAUCAAGUAUAGAUUUUUUGCUCCUGAAAAAAUGCAUGUGAUGGUCUUGUUUAUUUUGGAGAUUUGAGUUUAGGGAUUUUGUCUUCGAAUUGUACUUUGGUAUACAUCACAGAAAUGAAUCAUUUUUGCCU